AUGGCGGAGGUGCCGCAGCACGUGAGGAAGUUUGUGUUCGGGUCCUCCCUCUCCCCAGCAGCCUCAGAGUGCCUGGAGGUGCUUAUCCCGGAGGUAGUAAGUCCCAGCUAUGGCAUGUACACAUGGCCAUGUGCUCCUGUGCUGGCACAAUAUGUCUGGCAUCACCGUCAUGGCUUUAUCAACCGCACCGUUUUAGAAAUUGGUGCAGGAACUGCACUUCCAGGCAUUGUGGCUGCAAAGUGUGGUGCCCAUGUGAUUCUCUCAGAUUCUGGCCAGUUACCCAAGUGCCUUCGCAAUUGUCAGCUGUCAUGCCAGGCUAAUGGUGUUGCUAGUUCUGUUGCAGUUAUUGGGCUGACUUGGGGACUCUUUACUCCUGAACUGUUGCACUUGGGACCUGUUGAUAUCAUCUUGGGUUCAGACUGCUUUUAUGAUCCAGCUGUUUUUGAGGACAUACUUGUAACAGUAUCGUAUUUACUGGAGCACAACCCGAGGGCCCAGUUUGUUUGCUCAUACCAGGAAAGAGCGUCCGAUUGGUCCUUGGAACACCUUCUACACAAAUGGAAUUUAUCUUGCACACAGUUGCCAUUGGCAGCUUUUGAUGCUGAUACAACAAAUAUAGCUGAAUCCAAUCUUCCUGGUUCUCACACAAUUCAUGUGUUUCAGAUCACCAGAAGCACCAGCAGUUGA